CUGAGGCGCCUUCAGCCGCCGCCGCCGCCGCCGCCAUGGGGAAAAAAUCCCGCGCCGCUCCGGGCCGAAGGCCCAUCCUUCAGCUUUCUCCUCCCGGACCCCGCCGGGACGAAGCGGCGGUACAGCCGGUUGAAGGCACCGAAUCGGGUUCCGAGCCGGACGAACCCGAAGCGGUAACGGAGCCCCCCCGCAACGCUCCCAACCCGCCGCCCCCCGCUGUCAAGCCCACAGGAGGUUUGUGUCUGCUUGGCGCCUACGCAGACAGCGACGAUGAGGAGGGCGAAACCCCGGAGAAGUCUGCCCGUUCCGCGGACGCGAAUGGCAAUAAUUCGGCAGACAUCGACAGCACGCUGGCAAACUUCCUGGCGGAGAUCGAUGCCAUCACAGCUCCUCCGCAGCCCGCCGAGCCCUCCGCCGCCUCUUCCGCGCCGCCCCCCACUCCUCCCCGCCCGGAGCCGAAGGAGUCGGGCUCGGGCCAGUCCUCGGGCACCGCCAAUGGCGCGGGAUCUGCGCCGGCCCCGGAGUGGCAGUACGAUACCCAGUGCUCGCUGGCGGGAGUGGGAGAGCUGGAAAUGGGUGACUGGCAGGAGGUGUGGGACGAGAACACUGGCUGCUACUAUUACUGGAACACCCAGAGCAACGAGGUGACUUGGGAGCUGCCGCAGUACCUGGCGACGCAGGUCCAGGGCCUGCAGCACUACCAGCACAGCACCGUGGCAGGCGCCAACGGCAGCUUCGUAGCGGCCGCCGAGCUGUACCCCCAGGAGAAGGGGGCCGCCCCGGGCAGCGUCAGCCGUGGGGCCAGCCUCACCAAGCGGGAGGUGAAGAAGGAAGUGAACGAAGGCGUGCAGGCCCUCUCCAACAGCGAGGAGGAGAAGAAGGGGGUGGCUGCAGCCCUCCUGGCACCGCUCCUGCCCGACGUGGUGAAGGAGGAAGAGGAGCGCUGGAGGAGAAAGGUGAUCUGCAAAGAGGAGGUCGAGCCGCCCCCGGAAGAGGAGGCAAAAGCAGAAGAGGCGGCGGCCGCCCCCGAAGAGCCGCAGCCUGGCAGGGAUCCCCUGGAAGACGCGCUGCAGGAGGAUCUGUGCAGCGUGGUGCAGUCGGGGGAGAGCGCUGAGGAAGAGGAGGAGCAAGACACCCUCGAGCUGGAGAUGGUGCUGGAGAGAAAGAAGGCGGAGCUGCGUGCCUUGGAGGAAGGCGAUGGCAGCGUUUCGGGCUCCAGCCCACUCUCCGACGGGAGCCAGUCGGCCUCGCAGGAUGCAACCCGCAGGCUGGCCUCUAAGCGAGGGAAAUGGAAACUGUUUGUUGGAGCUGCCAGCCCCGAAUCCGCGAGUCGAGGCUCCAGCAAAACAGGCCGGGAGAGCCCGGAAGCGGGAGAAGCAGCGGCGAGCACAGAAGCAGCUGAUGUGAUUUCAGACAAAGAGGCAGAGUCUGAGGAGCCCCAGGAGAAAGCAAAAGCCCAAGGGGCACCAAAAAUAGAAGAGGAGGAGCAGGACCUAAAGUUUCAGAUCGGAGAGCUGGCAAAUACUCUGACUAGUAAAUUGGAGUUCCUGGGCAUCAACAGACAAUCUAUCUCCAACUUCCACAUGUUGCUGUUGCAGACAGAGACCCGCAUUGCAGACUGGCGAGAAGGUGCUCUCAAUGGAAACUACCUCAAACGCAAACUCCAAGACGCAGCCGAACAGCUAAAACAAUACGAAAUAAACGCCACCCCUAAAGGCUGGUCCUGCCACUGGGACAGGGAGCAUAGACGCUAUUUCUAUGUUAACGAGCGCUCAGGAGAGUCGCAAUGGGAGUUCCCCGACGGGGAGGACGAAGAGGAGGGACAGCGGAGCACCGACAGAAAAGCCGACGGUCCUCCUAAACCACCUCCAAAAGACAAAGGAGAGCGCGCCGAGGACCCCGCCGAGCGCUCCGCAGGCUCCCUUUGUAAAGAAUCCUUCUCAGGCCAAGUUCCUGCUACGUCUCUCAUGCCGCUCACUCCAUUUUGGACUCUGCUUCAGUCCUCUGUCCCGGUCCUCCAACCUCCUUUGCCUUUGGAAAUGCCUCCGCCGCCUCCGCCUCCACCGGACUCACCUCCGCCGCCGCCCCCGCCGCCCCCACCUCCCGGAGAAGACGGCGAGAUCCAGGAAGUGGAGAUGGAAGAUGAGGGGGGCGAGGAGCCGCCCGCCCCAGGAACGGAGGAGGACGCUCCCCUGAAGCCUCUCCUGCGCCCAGCUGCCAGCAGCAGCCAGGGUGCCGUUGAACCGAGCCCGGCCCCACUGCUCUCCGCCAAGCCUCAGAAGAGGAAAGCCGUGGAGAUGAGCCCGGGGCUGAUGCAGCGAACGGCCACCAUCGGCAGCUGCCCCGUCAUCUACAGCCAGCCCCUGAUGGCCGCCGGCAAGUACCAGCCUUCGGCCGUGCCCCUCGCCUCCCUGAGGCCGCGCCAGCGGCUGCAGGGCGAGAUCCAGGGCCGCCCCAACCUCCGCAUCGCGCCGGGCCACGCCGGCCCUCAGCCCGCCGCGCUGGGCCUGCAGUCCGGCUACCUGGGCGUGACGGCGCCCGCCGCGCCUUCCGUCAUGAGCUACUCGGAGUGCGCCGCGCCCGUCAGCCUGGCCGCUGCCGCCGUGCAACCGGCCCCGGCGCGAGGAGCCCUGCCCGCUGCCGGCACCGCCGACCAGCCGCCUCCUCCGCCGCCCCCCCAGACACCCCCGCCUCCCGCCCCCAAGGCGCCGCCGCCACCGGAGAAGGAGAAGCCGAGGAAGGGGCGGAAGGACAAGGGCAAGAAGGGCAAGACGAAGAUGCCGUCGCUGGUGAAGAAGUGGCAGAGUAUCCAGCGGGAGCUGGAUGAGGAGGAGAACUCCAGCUCCAGCGAGGAGGAUCGGGAGACCACUGCCCAGCGGCGCAUCGAGGAGUGGAAGCAGCAGCAGCUGAUGAGCGGCAUGGCGGAGAGGAACGCCAACUUCGAGGCGCUGCCGGAGGACUGGCGAGCGCGGCUGAAGCGGAGGAAAACCGCGUCGAGCACAUGAGGCGCGGCCGCACUCUUUUUUACAGAUGUACAGUUCAGAGCCCUUCACUUGACCGUUGUCCAAUAAAUUGUAGCAGUUUGGGA